AAUGUAUCUCAUAAAUAUUUUUUUUUACAAAACCAUUUGUGUGCAACGUUUGAGCGAAUGGCGUGCCAAAUUUGGCACGCGUGCCCCGUGUUGUGCACCUCUGGUGUAUACCAUACUUCUCUGUGUUAAAAUGCUGGCAGACAACAGUAACUAGGUAGCAGAUAUUGGCAAUAUCUUUUCCUUUCAUUCUUGUUUACCUUUAUCAUCGAUUCGCCAAUUAAUUUUUCCUGGAUAAUGAUUAACGAAAAAUCUCAAGAGAAAAUUGUCAUUAACUUCGUUACACAUUUAUAUAACUAGUGACCUCUCGAAAUAAUGAAGUGUAUUAAUAUGAUAUACGUAUCUGAGCAAGGUUUUCUAAUUAUUUUACUUCUUUUCAUCUUGAAUAGUUGUCCAAAAAAGUAUAGAAAUUUUACUUAUUUUUUCAGCUGGUAAGUGAAGAUGAAUGUAUAAAAUAGCAGGGCAUUUAUGCUCUGCAGCAUAAACUGACAAACAUCCUACUGCGGUACAUUGUACAAACUAUUUAUUUAUUCAAUAAUGACUGUGACGUGAAAGCUUUUGAAAAAAAAAGUAAGCUAUGGAUUCGAUGUUGUCUUGGUACCAGCGAAAAAUUGGUGCUUACGACUUGCAAAUAUGGGAACGUGCGGUGGAGAUCCGAGAACAACAAGACAGCGGAAUGAAAUCAAUGGAUAAAAGAAGUUCUAGUGUGAAGCCUGACCUCAUCGACAUUGACCUUGUUCGUGGAUCAACGUUCAGCAAAAAUAAGCCACAAUAUAGUUGGCUGGUUGUAACUUGUCAAGCUUUUAUCAGAGUAUCGUUCCUACCACUGUAUGCUAAAUGGUGGAUUCAGCAGAGUAGUAAGCCAAUCACAUUGUUAUUCUUCUUAAUGUAUAUUCUUCAGUUUGUUGUUUUCUUCAUUUACUUCAAUGGAACAGAAGAGGAAUUUAAAUAUAUUUCAACUUCAGAAAUAAUGAUGCCAUCCAUUGUUAUGUUCUUAUUGGGAAGUGUGCAUUGUCAUGUCGUAUCCACAAAUUUUCGCUUGAAUGUACGAAAUGAUUCUCGAAAAAUGAAGAAGUCUAGAACUCUCUCUUCUGCUUUACUUGAACCUGUUGUAUGCUCCUCAUCAACUUCACAUCAAAGUACUCUCUCCCUACUCACCUCAACCUUCACUAAUAAAGGUAAAGAUAGUACAGAAAACAAUAACCAUUGUCCUAAUGGAAUAAGCAAAUGCUCAUCUGAACAUAGUGACGCAGAGAGUGAUACUCCUUUGUUAAAAGAUGAAAAUGUGAAAUCCAGCACAGUCCUUGAAAAUGGAAAAAUAAAUGCAAGUCAAGAACAGUUGCCCAUAGUGGAACAGUCUGAGGAAAGCUUUAACAUUACCAAUGUUGAGAAUGGUGAUAUACAGCAUAAAAGUGUUGCGGACUGUGACAAAUCUACUGAUAAUAAAAAAGACGAUUUUAAAUGUUUACGACAAUCCAGUGUAGAUAGAGAAUCUGACGAAAUCAGUACUGACAGUGUUGAAAAAAAACCAGGUAAUCGCCUUGAAAAUCUAAAUAGUACAAGUUCCAGUAGUAAUUCGUCUGAACAGUCUGGUGACUCGGAUUCAGAAAGUACAAGCACAAAUGACAAUAAGACAAGAUACAACAAGAAAGCACGAAAAGAUAAUUAUUCAGCAACUGUUCUGCUUCCGGGCUCUGGUCCACGUGUUGAUCGAAUUAGCGCAAAAAUUUGGGAGUCUAAUCAGUGUAAAAAGGUUCAAGCAUCGUUAUUGGACAUUGGAGGUAUUAUCAGAAAAAAAGUGCAAAAUGCUUUUUCGCCGAGUGAUAUGUUUUUCAUAGGAUUUUGCUUUGCGAUACUGAUUUCAUCUAUUCCUACCUUAUAUCGCAUUUGCUUUCAUCAAAAUGCUAACAAUAGUACAACCAGCCACACUGGUUCAACAAUGGAGUUUGUGAAAGGACUGGCGGAAAGUUUAUUCAUGGUUACUCAUGGAAACACCACUAACUUCAAAGUCAUUUUUGUUAUUUAUGCUACUGCAAUGAAACGGUUUAUCUUCAGCUUCACUUUUUUUGUUAUGCUUUGUGCUGCUCAUAAAACGUUUAGGCAAAGACUGUUAUUUGCGAAGUAUUUCAGCCACCUCACUUCAUCAAGACGGGCAAAGAAAUCAGACGUUCCUCAUUUCAGACUUGAUAAAGUGGAAAAUGUUCGAUUAUGGCUGUCUCUGAGAUCGUAUCUGCGACGUCGUGGGCCACAAAGAUCAGUUGACGUGAUUGUUUCUUCAGCAUUUUUUCUUUCUCUCUUCUUGCUUUGCUUCAUAUCGCUUCAGUUACUCCAUGACACUGAUCUAUACCUCUCUUCUUUAAUUUUCUGGGAAAUGACAGCAUGGUUACUUGCCUUGGCUAUAUUUUUACUUAAUUUUAUGACGAUCGGUGCCCAAAUUAACAGAAAAUACAGCAAUACAUCGAUGCUGUUGACGGAGCAGAUAAAUUUAUAUUUACAAAUGAAGCAGAAGCCUAAUAAAAGAGAGGAAUUACAGCGAGCGAACAGCGUUCUCUCAAUUGCUUCAAAGCUUAUAAAGGAAAUAGAGAUGCCGUUUAACAUUUACGGUCUAGCGAUGAAUCCUCUAUAUAAUAUCACAAGAGUGGUUGUGUUAUCUGCCUUUUCAGGCGUCAUCAGUGAAAUACUAGGCUUCAAAUUGAAGAUUUGGAAGAUAAAACCAUGAUAAGUUCGUUGAAAACUUGAUAAAUAAACUCAAUCAUUUAAAAUGUUUGUUUUUUUAAUUACUGGUUAAAACUGAUACAUAACCAAGUCGCCAAUUUUUUUUCAUAUUCCAUCUGUGAUGGAGAAUGCUUGUUGCAAUUUAUCAUUGUAAAUAUUAAUAUUUAAGUGUUGUUACCUCACUGUAUCAUAGUAUUGUAUCUGUGCUUUGCUCAGUGUUCUGCUGCCAAUAUUUGCCUGGUGUCAUAUUUUAGCGAUGCAUAGUGCAGUGCAACAUGCGUAGUUUUACCUGUUACUUUUGUUUUCUUCUAACUAUCGGUAUUAUCUUCUUUAACAUCUUAUUUUUUGGUGCUUUGUUUUGUUGAAUAAAUUGUAUGUUGGGUAA